CACUACAGGAUCUAGCUCUUUUCGACAGGUGUCGCUGGUAGCUGACUGGGUGUAAACAUGAGAUAGGUGCAGGCGUUAUAAAAUACUUGCUUUAUGUUGUUAUGCUUUCAUAUCUAUUGCAUAACGCGUAGCGCCGCUUCUCUUCGCCAGUGUGUGUGUGUGUUUCACAUAUAGAUCGAUCUGUGUGUAUUGUAUAUUAAUAUCCUAGCCUGUUUUCUUCCCAGUUGUCUUGCUGUUGUUUUUUGUUUUUUUAAUGGGGUUCAAUAAGACACACAUCAGUAUAGGCUAUGCCAGCGUCGGUGUGCUGAUGGGGGUCUCCGCGUUCCUCGUUUGGAAUAUCGCGUUCAAACAGCCGUGGACAGCGGCGAUGGGGGGGCUGUCAGGUGUGCUGGCGCUCUGGACUCUCAUCACUCACAUCAUGUAUGUUCAGGAUUUCUGGCGGACGUGGCUCAAGGGGCUGCGCUUCUUCCUCGUCAUGGGCGUGCUCUUCUCCGCGCUGGCCGUCAUGGCCUUCAUCACCUUCCUCACCCUCGCCAUCACCCAGCACCAGUCCUUUACAGACCCGAGGAGCCUGUACCUGUCGUCUGUGUGGAGCUUCAUCUCUCUCAAGUGGUCCUUCCUGCUGGCUCUGUGUUCGUACCGGUACCGCAGGGAGUUCGCUGACAUCAGCAUCCUCAGUGACUUCUGAGCCCCGCCCAGCCCCCCCCCCCUGCCGCUGCACUGCGCCCCGCCCCCCCCCCCGCCAGCCGCUGCACUGUGCCCCUCUGAGAGCCGAGAGAGAGGGACUCAGUGCAGCACCGCUGCAGACUCCCUUUGCAUUAACAGCACCUCCAAGAACAACAUCAUUACUGGAAACACAUGCCGUUUCUAGCGUUGUUCAGGUAGGGGAAACGAGGCUCCCGCUGCACAGCAGUGUGAUCCAUUCCUGGUUUCACUACGAGUUUAAUCAGACACACCUGAGCUUGUGAGCUAGAAACACCGGGGCUGAUCAAGCUCAGAGUAAAACCUGGAGUGGGUGAAACUGCUGUGCAGCAGGAGUCUUGUUCCCAUCCCCGUUUCAAAUGCUGUCAUUGUUUUUGUUCAAAUGCAUUACCGGCUCGGUGGAUUUUUUUUACUGUUGUGAGCGGACGGAUGGACGGAGCAGAGAAGAGGAGGAGGAGGAGAUUAAAAACUAAAACCGGCCGUUCGUGUUCCAGUUCAUCAGUGACUGCGAGGCAGUUUGCAAAGACGGAAGGUCGUUUCUCGCUUUGUCCUUUUUUUUUGAGGACAGAGUGGCUAGUUGGUUUACGCGUCAGGAUUUAGGUGCACUCAUGCAAUCUCUCUCACUCUCUCACACACUCUCUCGCUCUCUCUGCGCAGAGCCGAAUGCACCCAGUGUAUAUUGUCUCUGUCCCGUGUGCUUUAAAUUAACAAACGCUAAACGGAGGAGAAAAACUGCAAGGGCAUUGAAAAACAAACAGGGGCUGGGGGUCAAGGGUCAAUGCCAAGAUCAUGUUGAAAAAAUGGAAUCCUUUUGGGUCUGACGUCAGCACUUAAAUAAAUAAAUAAAAAAGAAAGAUAUAUUAUUUCUGUUUUGCAGCCGGCACUAAUUUGACUUUUUCCUGUGCUGUUUUGCACUGUAUUACAGCAUUGAAACGCACUGCUGCAGUAAUCCCUGCUGUCCACUAGGGGGAGCCAGGUCUCCCAUUCGGAAUGAGCGGAGUGAAUUUACACAGACCUGUUCGUAACAGAGCACUUUAAAAUAUAAUGUUUAAUAUUGCGGGAUCAUUCCCUUUGCACAGUUUGAUGCAGCGCCUGUUUCGGGACACGGGCAUGUUUAUAUUAGAUAUUACACCUUGGACACCACCACGAGUGGCUGAACAGUGGCAUUUAAACCCAGUCCCUCUGCCCUAACCGUUAGGCUACCCCACCUCACACAGGCAGUCAGUGAAUUAGUGAUGGCGCUUUGUAUGGGACUCGAACCCGACUCAAUCUCCUGGCUCCCAGCCCUCUCUCAGUCUAACGCUGUUUAUGCUACAUAGGUGAAUUUCACAUGUAAAGUCGAUAUGAAUUGUCAGCCGCUGUUCAUCUUUACCUUACGAUGCGCGCAUGUCCAUGUUUUAACUGAUGAUAAAUAAUAAACUAAUAUGAAAGUAA